UCCGCCCAAGAACCCUAAAUUUCGCGAUAAGGGGGAAAGAAAGAGAGAGACCUUGCCGGAUCGUCCAUCGCCCGGGAAUGGGGACCCCGCGACACAAUCCCAUCCACGACGACAUGCUCCUCGAGGUAUUCAAGCAUCUGGAUGCCUUCUCCUUGGCUAGGGUUUCGUGCGUGAGCAAGCAAUGGAGCGGCGUGGCGCGGCACGAGAAGCUGUGGGAAUCGCUGUGCAUCCUCCACUGGCCCGGCGCCGCCGCCAAGCGCAGCCGGCGAUCCAGUGGCCACAAGAACCCACUGGGAUCCGGCCCCGUGCCGGCGUGUUCUUCCGCACAGCAGAUCAGAGCCGUGGUGGAAUCGCUCGGGGGCUUCCGUCGCUUCUUCUUCCUCCAUUUGGGCCCUAUGCUCAAGAGGAAUUGCUGCCAGUCCCAGCCCCGAUCGACGUGGGGGAGAGACGAGGUCAAUCUCUCCCUCUCGCUCUACUCGAUCGACUGCUUCUUGCGAGGGUCUUCCAGCAAUCCGGGACCUUUGCUCAAGCGCAAACUCUCCAGCCUUGAGUGAUCGAUCACUACUGACUUGUGCCCCUCCCUAUUAUCAUCGUGUGGUGUGCGAAUAAACAAACUUAUAAGAUACCUCGAA